CUCAGUGAAAAGAUCAGUGGGGCAGAGGGGACCAAGCUGGAUGAAGACUUCAUGGAGAUGGAGAGGAAAAUUGAGGUGACCAACAAGUCCGUGUUUGACCUCUUGUCCAAAACAACAGAAUACCUCCAGCCUAACCCAGCCUCUCGAGCCAAACUGAACAUGCUGAAUACAGUGUCUAAGAUGCGGGGGCAGGUGAAGACCACCGGCUACCCUCAGACUGAAGGCCUGCUGGGAGACUGCAUGCUGCGCUACGGACAUGAACUGGGAGAGGACUCCAUCUUUGGCUGUGCUCUGGUGGAUAUGGGCGAGGCCAUGAGGCAGAUGGCAGACGUGAAGGACUCACUGGACAUAGGUGUCAAACAAAACUUUAUUGACCCCCUGCUGAAUCUACAGGAAAAGGACCUCAAAGAGAUCACGCACCACCUGAAGAAGCUGGAGGGCCGCCGGUUGGACUUUGACUAUAAGAAGAAGCGUCAGGGGAAAAUCCCAGACGAGGAGAUCCAGCUGGCUGUGGAGAAGUUUGACGAGAGCAAAGAGGUGGCGGAGAGGAGCAUGUUCAACUUCCUGGAGAACGAUGUGGAGCAGGUGAGCCAGCUGUUGUCACUGAUUGAGGCGGCUGCAGAGUACCACAGGCAGUCGGGUGAAAUCCUGCAGGAGCUCAGUGAAAAGCUGCAGAAGAGGAUAUCCACAGCCAGCAGCCGGCCCAAGAGAGAGUUCAAACCAAAGUCCAUCAGGAGCAGCAUGGAGACCCUGGACAACAGCCAGCACAACGGCCUGUCCUACAGCUCCUCGCUCAAAUCCACCGAUAUCCAGCUCAACCACACAGUCAAUGGGAAAACUGAUCAUAUAAACUCUGUUCCACUGUCAUGGCCUGAGAGCCCCACCAUCAAUGGAAAUAUUCACCAGACCGAGGUGUUGGACCAGCCGUGCUGCCGCUCCCUCUAUGACUUCGAGCCGGAGAACGAGGGUGAGCUGGGCUUCAAGGAGGGUGACAUCAUCAUCCUCACCAACCAGAUAGACGAGAACUGGUACGAGGGCAUGAUCAGCGGCGAGUCCGGCUUUUUCCCCAUCAACUACGUGGAGGUCCUCGUCCCCCUGCCUCAGUGAAGACCGGCACCUUGAGUCCUCUAAAGACUCCCUUCCAGCCUCAUACGCUCAGCCUCUGUACAGACUCGGCCCUUCGCGAGGCCAGCUCAGCCUGAAGCUGGAUAGAAUUUCUGUAUCUUCUGAUUUUUCCAAACGGAGCCAGAGAGGUAGUAGUUUUGUCCCAACCUGACUUGAGAUCAAAUUUUGCUGAUUUAAAUAGUUUUCUCUGUUGAUAUUUAUGAACCUGAAGCCAACUGAAAACCAAGCCAUUAAGCGGGACCCUCUGAGUGGUUGGACCCUCCGUGUCCUUCGGGUCUGACCGGGGUGAAAAUGUCUAGCAGUCAUCAAACUCUGUGACCCGUCCCGUCAGUCCCUCAGGUGACUGCUCUCUCCUCGAGCUGUCUGUUCGUUUUUGUUUUCCCUCACCACAAACUGAGGCUACUUUGCUUGAAGUUCACCACUGGACAUCGUGACAGCAUUGUUUUUAAGUCAAAUGAUAUGCUUUCAUUUUGCAUUAAAGUCACAUAAGGAACAUUUUAUACCCUUCAGGAUCCGUCGCAUUACACUGUCAUGUAGUUACCCCCAAAAUAAUGAUAGAGGCUAUCUAUGUGUUUGGAAACCUUUUUUUCAAUAUUUGUUGAAAUUCUCUAUACUUAAAAAUCCAAUACCUGUGGCCGUCGUGGGACAGUAAUGAGCUUGGCCCAGAUGGAAUGAUUGGACAGGCUACCUGUCUGUCUUCUUUCCCGCCUGCCCCCCUGGGCCCCCUCUGCUCAUGCACUUAUUGCGUGUCACCGGAAUCUUCCACAAGCUGCUAGCUCGACAGCUGUGUAGCCAUGUUUGUUGAUUUAGUUCAUAAUGAACAUUUGGGGGGGUUAGAUUUAUUGACUUUUGGAGCUAGUGAUGCUAGCUGCUUUCACUGGUAAAGAGUUGGAGACACUGGGUCAGGUUUUUAGGGUGGAUACAUUCUUAGAUCUAGUGUACUCUUGUUGGUUUAGCCAAUGUUACCUACCCAAACUUGAGAAGCAAAUUAAAAAAUUCAAGAGAUUUAAAAUAGGAU